AUGACCCCGUCCAUCAAGGUGUGGGACCCUUACAACGUCCUCACCCCGCCUCCGCCCCUUCCCCCGCUGCCAGCCCAUUUCCACCGCGUCUUCUGCGGCGCAUCCGGGCCGGACGACGAUCGGGUGUCACCCAGCCACGGCGAGUGUCACAUGAAUCUGAGGCCCGAUUUAAUACCGGGCCGGAGCCCCGACGUCGCCCUCAUGCCCAACGGGAAACGGCAAGCCCGGGCCCUGGCCGUGUUUUUGAAGUCUCAAGGGAUGAGGGUUAGUGCGGUGUAUCGAGUUCUGGCCACGGCACAAUAUGUUUGCCAACUGGGGAGUUGA